AUGACAUCGGCCAAGAUCCCCUCCGUGGAAGCAAACCAGAAACCACAUUCCCCGUCGGCCAAGUCCAGAACGUCUUCGCAAUCCCACGACUUCCUCGACUCGUUCAGAGCCCGAUCUGCAGCCCCAGCCACCGCCGAUUCUGAUAAGGGAAGGUUCCUCAUGGCUGGAAGCAACGUAGGCAUCGGAUUAGCAAGUCCGUACGAAUCGCCUAUCGGAACGGGGAAUGAUAUUCGAGUCACUCCCAUCCAGCAGAUUCUCGGAGCUACCCUGAUACCCCGGGGAGCUAAGAUCGCUGUUGCCAUGCUACGAGAUCCGAUGUCCGGGGAAAAGAAGUGGAAUCAUAAUAUGAUAUGA